GAUCAUCGAGCAGGCGAAAAUGGAUUUAUAUCAACCUUGUAUAAUCAGUGCAGAUCAACCAAGUACGAACAAUGUAAAUCAACCGAGUACAAGCAAUGUAAACCAACAGAACACAAGCAGUACGAUGCAACUGAGUACGAGCAAUGCCAUUCAAACGAACCGGAAAUCGUAUUCUUCGUUAACGCUUCAGCAGAAAUUAGAGGUAUUGAAAUUAAAAGAUGCUGGUGCAUCAACGAAUUACUUAGCGAUACGAUACAAGGUCGACGAGAGUACGAUCCGGAAAUGGAUACGUGAAAGGGAAAAGCUAGAAAAGUAUAGUAGCUUAUCUGCUGAGUCGAAACGGGUGCGUCUAUCCCCCGUAGAGAAGGUGAAUGAAGCGUUAACAAUAUGGUUCCACCGAGAAAAAAAAUUAAACAGAACAGUCAGUGUUACGGAUGUCAAAGCAAAAGCACACGAAUUUUUCAAAAGAUUCGGAGGCAUGGAAUCAUUUAAGGCCAGCGACGGUUGUUAG